AUGAAAAUUAAGAUAUAUGGAUUAAGAAUUGAUUUUAUAAAAUCAACUUUUGUAUAUUAUAUAUACUUUGCUUCUUUAUUAUCAGAUCAACUAUGGGCUAUUUCUAAAAUAUCCACUGAAUGCAAAACUAUUAGAGCUGAAAAAAAAAAUUCUGAAAAAGUAGCUAAUACUAAUAGUGAAGAAGCCUCUAUUAAAAUAAUUGCAAUUAAUGAAAUUAAUAAUUAUAUUUCUAAUAUAAUUGACAGAUUAGAGCAUGAUACUGCUCUAUUUUCUGUUUUUUAUAUUAAACUUGAUGAACUUACUCUUAACUCCGUUGGUGUGGAUAUUAGAGUAAUGGCUAAACUAAUUAUUGAUGAAAUUGAAAAAGGGGAUGAUUUCAAUUGA